UUAGUUUUCUUAUCAUCGACACGAAUUUACUUAAAACUUACUAGAGUAGCGAAAGAUUGCGCACGUCGUCGAUGUCUUAGUAGCUAGUAGAUAAGAAAAAGUUGUAAACACUAGAGAGCCGCGUUAUAUAAGGACCUGAAGCUGAAGCAGCAUGUCAGUUUAUCGUAAAACGUUGACGCGAUGCCACUCGUUUUAUCAGUCGUUUACGGUGCGAUGCUUCAUCGGCCGAAAGAACGGGCUUGCCAGAGCAAAAAACGACGAUUUUCCAUGUUGAACUGGAAAUGCGGCAUGCGUCGCCCUUCCCUGGGAUACACAGGAGACGACUUGAGUCGUCUUACAAAUAAUUCCUCAUCCGGAGCCGACUCCACAAACAAUUCCCUCAAAGUGACCACGCAACAAACGUUCACGCAAACGACAAAUGGCCAAAAAAUCUCGUCGUAUCUCACGAACAUCAUAAGCAGCAGUGCCGCCGCCGCCGCCGGUGCAGCCACAGCCAGCGAAACAACGUGCAAUGGUCGCAAACGCAAGGAACGUCAAGACAGCACGUCGUCCACGGUGCAAGACCGCAAACUGGUGCGUUCGAACAGCGAAGAACAGUUGCCAAAUUUAAGCGAGACCACGGAUAAUUUUCGUCGUGUUUCGUCGCACGAGGACUUCAACAAGCAUAAACCGCCGCCACUGCACUUGCACAACAAUGAGACCACAAUUUGCGAGGAAACGAUCCAGAACAAAGUGAACGAGGUCAAAAAUGAGCUGAACAAGGAAAAUGGCGUCAUUCUAAUUCCGUCGCCAAAGACAAAGACCGAAGCGUUUCGUUUGUCGCCGCAUCGCGACACAAAAGCGCACGCCAAGCGUCACGAUCAUCACGACGAAGAGGAACACGAACGACGUCGCAGCAACGAGCGUUUUUGUCGCGCUCGCGUUUCCGGCACCCGCAAAUCUUCCAGUCCGCGAAAAUCCGCCAAAAGCUACAGUCCCGUCAUGCCGACGCGUUACACUCACAACAACACCCAAAACGACUUGCAACAGAAAAUGUUGUUCGGCGGACGCGGAUUUGGCGAAGACGACGACAAAAUUAUCGAGAAAAAGUGCAGCGGCGAGAAAUCCGUCGACGACGGGGUUCAACGUGAUCCCUCCUCCACACCAAUGGACGAAAAUCCGACAACGCCACGCACGCCACUCGAUUUAAAUUUGCCGCCAAAACCGUGGCAAUCCAGCGAAGAUGACACCGAUAUGCCGGUAGUGUGCCAACGUUUUGCCAACAACACUUUUGCGCACGUCAACAACGACUCGAUGAAGACUUUUGUCAAAUUUCAUCAGGCGGCGCCCGUUAGCGACAUGGAUUUGGGUCUUAGUGUCGCGACAAAAUACAAAAAUGCCAAGGAACUCGAGCCAGAAGUGAUGCCAAAUAUUUUCCUCACGCCCGACGAGCGCAUCAAGCAGAUCAACAAGCGACUCGUGUCACUCAAGAAGAAAAUUACGUCGUUCGAGGAGAACUUUGAGCGCGAAAAUGGGUACAGACCGUCGCAGGGCGACAAGCAAAAUGAUCGGAUUGUCAAGCAUGCAACGGCGGAAAUUACAAAGUUGCGAAAGGAAAAGGCGCAAAUCAAGUCGGAUCCGAUGGCGGCCAUGGGAUACCGGACCACCUCGGAUGCCGGAGUGUCGCGUGAAAAGUUGGAAAAGAUGAAGGAAACUCUCAAGGAAAUUCAAAAGCGCCUCCACGAAAAACGUUGCGAGGAAAAUCGCGAAGAAAACAUCGAUAAACUCUCGUUGCCGCAACUUAUCGAAGAAAAAACGGUCAUUCAACGUGGCUUACUGUACUUGGAAUCGCUAUAUGGUCGCCCCAUUUUGCCCGAAGAACGUGACGCCGCACGUCCCUUGUACGAUCGCUACCGUGCCAUAAAACGUCUCGUAAAUCGUUGCUCCCUCGCAGGCGGUGGUGCCGGUGAACUUCCCACCAUUCUGGAGAACGAGGCACUUGCACUUACGACAGGCAUCUUGUCGCCCUCCAACGAAGACGACUCGCCGCCAACCGAUAUGCAAAGUCCGCCAUCCGAGUCUUCCACGAGCAUGUCGGGUCCCGAUUUGUCCGAACCGAAUUCGAAUGACACGAACGAAGAUGCCAUCGGGACAAUUAACGAGACCAUCAAACUCAUGUCGAUCGACAAGUUGCGGAUCCAGUUGGACAUUGUGCGCGAGGAGAAGAAACAGUUGCGACGCAGCCUCAAGGAGUUCGAGUACAAGUUCGAGGAAACGAAUGGCCGGAAAAUGCUCAAAUCCGAUCGGAAAGCAAUGGAAGACACGUACACGUUGUACAAGCAGAAGAAGGCAAAACUCAGAUUGCUCGAUGCGCUUGUCAAGAAACAACAAAAUAAUUGAUGAUCGUGCAGCGGCAUCAUUAAUUCAAGUAUUUUCAGUAAAUUUAGUGCAUGCAAAUCUUAUUAUUAUACAUAUAUUUAUUACCUUUAUUUCCUUCGAACAUGAUUGUUGUUACGUGAAAAAAAAAACAUAUUUGUGACAAAAAAAUAACGGAAAAUAUUUUAUAUUAUGAUACAAAAGUAAAAAAUUUACUUUCUGAUGAAAAACUGUGAUAAUUUCGUGAAUUCGAUGAUUUUUUAAAAAUCUCGUUCAGAAAUUUGAUUUAAUUUUUAUAAAAUAAAUUAAAAAAGAAAAAAGUUAUUAUUACAUAAAUAAAGUGAACCUAAGAACUUCCUAUUCGUCACUCCGUUUCCUUAUCAUUAAUUAUCAUUGGCAAUCAAUUAAAUCCUAGAUUUAAUUCAAAACACUCCUCCUCCCUCUCCUCCCUUCUAUACAGAUCUAAAUAUUCUAAAUAAAAAAAAAACAAAAUAAAUGUUGAACGAACAAAUUAUUUAAGAAUACAAAAAAUAUAUAAUAAACUUACAUUUUUAUUGAUAAUA